CAGGUAUGGAUCGGAAAUUCACAUCGUGGCCCGGGCAGCAGCGGCCCCUAGAAUGGCGGAGCACACGGUUUGGUUUGGCGCCAGACGGAGCUAGGUUGGCUCGCUCCCUUUAAGACGAGAGUCACGUGACAACCACCCGACCAAUCAGAGGUGAAGAUCCGACCAGGACACGCCCAUCCUCCGCACUCCUUCUGCCGGAGCUCUACCCAGGCAGCGUCUUGCAGCCACGCUCCCGCGUCUCUGAGAGAGAAUCUGGCGUUAUGGACACUCCGUCGUCCGACCAGAAGGCGCAGAUGCAGGAGCAGGGUGAGGUGCCCGAAGGGCCGAAGAACGAGGUCGCCCCUGCCCCUGGCGACCCCGAUCCCAGUACCUUGGUCCCCUCGGUCUCGAGCGGCCUUUCUCCAUCGGGUGGUGGCGCCCCACAGAGCGGUACGGCAGGUUCCUCUGCUUCCGCCCUGGCUGCCGUCGGCGCCAUUUCGAUCAAUGGCGAGGGCCCGGAGCUGCCCUCCACGGGCUGUGUGCAGGAGAGGGAGCGUGCUGACCUCCAGGGCGGCCGCAGUCCCCACGCCAAGCUGAGAUGUGUGGUGCCCGGGGCGGGGCUGGGUCUCCAGGCCUCACACGCGGGCGGCGUGGCCGCCAUGGUGCAAGCCAUGAGGGGAGUUGGCCAGGCCAGCGGGCCUCCGACCCUGACCGCGAGCCCGGGGAGGGGCCGUGGGAGGAAGCAGCCCGGCCGCGAGGAGGCUGCCCAGGCUCAGAAGCUUCCAGAGCGGCGCUGUCUGUUUCCUGCGCUUCCUACAGCUCAGUGCCCCGUGCCCUUGCCGCCAUCUUCUCCGGGCUCUCAGCCCAGCGGCCGCCGCCAUUCUCGGGCUUCUCCGUCGGGUCACGCAUCCCAGCCAGGCCCUGCCCUCCGAAGUCAGGCCCGGGCACCAGGCCCAGCCCUCCGCAGUCAAGCGGCCAG